AAAAGAUCUUUCAAUUUGAAAUUUUUAUCUCGCUCGCUCUUUCACUGACGUUUGGUUGAUAUUGUAAAACGCCAAAAUGGUGAACGUACCAAAACAGCGCAGGACCUACUGCAAAAAAUGCAAGUGCCACAAGGUACAUAAAGUGACUCAGUACAAAAAGUCCAAAGAAAGGCAUGCUGCUCAAGGUAGAAGGCGUUACGACCGUAAACAACAGGGUUAUGGUGGUCAGUCCAAACCCAUCUUCAAGAAAAAGGCGAAAACCACAAAGAAAAUUGUGCUCCGUCUGGAAUGUGCAGACUGCAAAGUGAGGUCACAGGUGGCACUGAAGCGCUGCAAACAUUUUGAGCUGGGUGGAGACAAGAAGAGGAAGGGACAGAUGAUCCAGUUCUAGGCUGGUUAAUAAAUAAGUCAAAAAUCU